CUUGACUAUGCUAAGAUCACGUGCUUACCGGGAUAUAGGAUAAAUGGGACGGGCGAUAACAACAACGUAAGCGAGUCACUGAAAUGUAUGGACACUGGAAAAUGGGAAACACCAAGGGGUUGCGUCAAAAAAGAAUGCACAAACGACAUUUUAUUUGAACACGGUAAUGUUUCAUAUGCAAAUGGCUCCGAAUAUCUUAAUUACGCUCAGGCCACGUGUUAUCCUGGCUAUGAAAUAAAAAAUUCAAUAGAUAACAGCACAGAAACCGAAUUAUUGCAAUGUCUACCUACUGGACAUUGGGCGAUCCCGAUGGGAUGCAAAAAGAAAGAUUGUGGUCUACAAGAAAUUAACACUCAUACAACGGUAGAGGCUCCCGAUACCACUUUCAACGCUUCGGCUGUAUACACGUGUCUUCAUGGGUACAAUACAACAAAUGAGACGGUGAUAACAUGUAUGUCUGAUGGUCGGUGGAGCGGAGAGGCACCAAUUUGCUCGGAUAUCGACGAGUGCCAAAACAGGAGGAGGCCUUGCCACUAUAACGCUAACUGUACCAACACUGAGGGCAGCUUCAAGUGCGAGUGUCAGACAGGAUACCGAGACCUGGAUGGGUUCGGUGGACAACGUUGUGCGGACCUGGACGAAUGUGCAUUUGGUGGAGAUUUCUACUGUAAGCAGGCUUUGAACCAGACACGUGUAUGCGUGAACAUCGACGGUGCAUAUGUGUGCGUAUGCAACAAAGGAUUUACUGGAUCUAAUUGUAACUUAGAUAUACAUGAAUGCAAUUACAAUACCUCUUGCGGUCCACAUGCGGUCUGUACCAAUACGUACGGUGGUUAUACAUGCGCAUGCACGGGCGGUUAUCCACAGGGAAAUCCAUAUGUUGGAUGCUUUGUGCCAGUUCUACUGGAGUUCAAAGCAACAGGAGACAGAUACACGAAUAUAGACAACGAGAUAAUCGAGGCUUAUCAAAUAUCAAGAAGACUACCGUACUUCGGAGAAUAUGUGCAUUGGUUCAGGCCAAGUAUGGACGGAUUUAUAUCACUCGAUUUCCAACCAUUGUACAACCAAUAUGGAGGUGAAAAUGCCAGCGAGUGGAAGACAGCUGUUCAGAACCACAGGGUACUCGCUCCACUAUGGACUAAUAUCGACAGCAGAAAUAUAUCAGACGGUGGUAUGUGGAUCCAUGUGUUUACCGACCACCAAAAGGACAAGGAAGACAUUCAGAAGAUUCAGGACCUUAUCCACAUGUACACAAACCAGACCGAGUUCAACGUCAGUGUGGCCCUGGUCGCCACGUGGAAACACGUUACUGUCCACUCGCCCUACGAACCCGGAUAUGAGCUAGUUAAACAUCAGAACUUGUCGAUGCAGUGCAUACUUGUGUCAGACGAGCUGUACACGUACCUCAUGUUCAACUACGACCAAGAACAAUUUAGUAUCAGACCAUUACCGGAAGUUCCUGUUGCUAGUGGUUACACGCAUCUGGAUUACACAGGCACCAUUCUGUCUGACAGGCAGAACUUCACAUACCUAAACCAAGGAACCAAUGUUAUUCAAGGUCCCCAUGGAAGAUGGUUGUACAACGUUACUGUUAUUACUCAGGCCAUGACGAAUGAAAUCCUGUGCAAAAGAUUUUCCGAAAUGUAUAAGGUUGAGCUCAAAGACUGGAUUCAUGAAAAGUUGGAGUUUGCACUGCCCUGUCCAUGUCAGGAGGUCCUAAUGAUGGAAGACUACACUUUCACCCGCAAUGACUCCCUACGCCCUGGGUUUGGAAGCCACAUGGCAUGCUACGAGUCCUGGUUCUUUAGCGCCUAUGGCAUCAAACAGAAAUGCUGCUACAUGUUCAGCAAACUGCAGACCCAGUACCCGGGCGCAAUAGCGGCAGAGUUUGAUAACCAAACAGUUGCCGAAUUACUCGAGAAGGGUUACAAUCAGUGCUGCUCCCAUGGUGUAAGCCAGAGGUUCUGUAACCUGUACCAGAAGAUCAACCCGCCUGAUGACUGCUCAAGGUACACGAUCAGCGACGAGCUACCGCCUAGGGCAGACAUCAUGCCAGAUGACCGUGGUGUUGAGAAGGAACACAAGGAAGUGGCUGACGAGGGGAUACUGGGUCACUUGGUUAGAAGAGUGCGAAAAAUGGUUGGACUGUAAGCUAUGGAUCACAGUGAUGUGAAAAUCCACAAAACUGUGUGACCGACGUCUGAAAAACUAGGAGUAGUAGUGCUUAAAUGUGAUGUAGAUUAUAACAAUACUAUUAUUGCAAUCUACAUUUAUUUCUUUGACAAACGCUUUUGAUACGAAACACAUUUCUGUAUUUUUACAAUUUGCUUCAUUUGAAAAGUAAAAUUUCCUGAGGUUUAAGUUUUACAAUGGCUAUUUUGGCAACUUGUAACGCUUUAAUGCGUUUCCAAAGUGUAGUAUUAUUUAUAGAUUCAUAUUGAAUAAAUGUGUAUUACGUAUUUUAUCUGCAAGAGCAAUGAUACAAUUAUGUGUAUAUAUUUCAUCUAUGGGAACCGCAGAUUAAGUAAGCUUGACUGGUAGUAGCACUGGUGUAGCCUGUAAUACUUUCGUCUGCGAGAUGCUGUUAAGUGCAUUACUUUUAUAAAUUGUAAGUCAGUGCAGAUUGUGUGUGCAUACAAUAUUAUUCUUUAAUCAUACUUUAUUUAACUGAAUAUGGUGGGUAUAAUAAAAAUAACUCGGUCUUAGAUGAAUAAUGUAAGAAAUAAUAUUAUACGGUCAAGUGUAUAGAUUCAUAGGAAUCAAUUCACGAGCGCGCAUCGUGACUGGUUUAAACAUGCAUCUACAUUCCUGACCGCGGGUUAUUAAAAAACCAAUUGUAUGGAAAUGUAAUAUUUUUAUUAGAACACGAUCUCGUUUUUUUAGUUUGUAAUCUAAACGUAACGAAACAAUAUUACGUCAAUUUCUCAAUAUGAUACGAUGUCAGAUUCAUUGAUAAAAACCCAAAAUUCAAUAUGACGACAUAUUAAUCGAUAUCGUAGUAAAUGUUAAAUGCUUACAAAAACAAAUAAAGUUUACUUUAAUCA